AGUAGGCGUCGUUCACAUGGUGGUCCAAGCAAGCGCUGAAGCUGCAUCUCAACGCUGAACUUUUAAACCAUUUCAAAUACAUAUUUAGACCUUAAGAUGAAAAAACAAGGAACUGAACCAGAAACCCGCCAUGCAUCUGCUUUAACUUGGUAGUUUGAACACUGCGGUUGUACGUUUAGUGUUUGUCUUCAUAGCAGCGAGUGGUUUCUCCUGACGACUUGCAGAAAGUUUGACCAUGGAAAAGCAGGAGCAGGCCGAGUGGGAUUGCGUGAAUAAACGGUUGCAGAAUCAUGGAUUCAAACCGGUGUUCUUUGCCGAUCCAGUUGAGAAUAAAAAUAUUUCAGACUUGGUUCUGCUGGACAAGAGGACUGCUGCAGAGGUCCGGGUCAUGAUGAAGACCAUGCUGGGGGAUUCCGACAGGAGGCAGGCCCUGAUCCAGGAGCUCGUUCAGUCAAACAACCAGCUCAAAGACGAAGCGCAGCAGCUUAUGGGUCAGGCCGGCCUCCACUCCCGGUGCACCACUGAGAUGGAGGGGUUGCUGGAGGGGGUCAGGGGUCAGGUCCAGGACCUGGAGGACCGCUGCCUGGCCCAGGCGGUCCAGCAGCGUGACCACGCCUACCGACUGCAGCAAGACAAGCUGAUGGCCCAGCGCCUAGCGGUGGCUCUGCAGCUGCAGCUGACCAAUGAGAGCACGGCGCGGGGCGAGCUCCAGAGGAAGCUGUGCUUCGCGGUGCGGGAGGAGGAGAGGCGGGUGGCGCGGCAAACGGACGCCUUCCAGCGGAUCCACGCCAGCGCCCUGGCCCAGCAAGACACCCCCGCGGACCAGCGGGUGCUGGAUGUGAUCGACUUCUACGAGACCCAGAUCGCCCAGGUGCAGGACGAUAUGUCCAGCCGAGAUGUUCUGGGAAUCGGCUUCAGAACCCUCAACGGCGGUCCAGAAGGUUCUCAGGGAUCCAACUGGUCCGCUGGUGUUGAUGUCACUUCCUCCUUUAAGGCUGAGCUAAAGUCUUCUCAGGCCCAGUUGGAGGAGACUAAAGUCCAGAGAGAAGAGCUGAAGGCAGAAGUUCAGAGACUCAAAAAGGAGCUGGAGACCAGGCCGCCCACCAGUGGGGCUUCUACUGGAAACCCUUCCGAUGCAGCAGCACCACCAGGCCAGGUGUCCCAGGAAGGGGUUUUGUGUGGGCAGUACCAAAGGUUGCUGAUCGAGCUCGAGGCCAUUCUGACGGGGGCCCGGGCCCCAGUGGCGCUCCUGAGGCAAAGAGCGGGCCUCUGCCAAUUGGAGCCCCAAGAGUUUGGCUGGCUACGCCCCACCCUGGAGGCCUGGGCCAAUCAGCUGGCCAUGCUGAAGGAGCUGCACGUCGGCCUGAUGAGGCUCUCCCAGCGCUUGAUGCCCUGGCUGCCAGCGGGUGACCAUGACGACAGGCGGGGCGGUGUUGCCAUGGAGACGGUGUGGGUGGAGGAUCUGAUGCUGCUUGUGGACACGCUGCUGGUCGACAAGGCGACAGAGGAUGAAAACGAUCUGAGCAGCCCCACUCGCCACAGCCUGCAGUGCAUGGUGGGCCACUUCCAGAAGCUGUUCGACGUGGGCUCCCUGCGCGGCGUGUACCCCCGCAUGAACGACCUGUACCGCAGGCUGGCCGAGACGGCUAACGCCAUGACUCACAUACGGGACCUUCUGGGACUAGACAACAAGGCCCCCCCCAGUGAGGUGGUGAACCAGGUGGCCACCAUCGCGUCCUCACCCAUGGUGCAGUUCCACCACCUUCUGGCAGAGGGCGACCUUACGAGUAUUAUUGUCAAGGUGAAGGAGCAUGAGGAAUUCUUCCCAGCGUUUCGCUCUCUGGCGACGCAACUGAUGCUAACUCUGGAGGUCGACUGUCUGGACGGCAUUCUACCGGCCCUGACGUCUUUGAAACUGAAGUCGCAGUGAUUAUUUUUAUCUUUUUGCAAUUUGAAAUUUGUUUGUUCAUUUUGCAAAUUAUAUUGCUUGUUUCUGCUAAAAUAAAAUUAGAAUGCAUUUA